CAGCGAAGCCGGACCAGGAUGCUGCUGUGGUCUCAAGGUGUUUGCUUGGUUUGAAAGUAAGACGAUGAGUCACUGAAACCAAGCAUACGAGCUACUUAUGUGUCACUGUACUAAUGUACCUUGGCACCUUCCCAUGCCUUCUGGCAGCACGUGACAUAAGCUGGGCGCUCGGGCCAGCUACCAGCUACCCCGCAUAUAUUCAUUCCUGCCCUGAUGAGACUUGAAGUCCAGGGGAGAGUCUUGCAUCGAAAUCUCGUGCAUAUCGACAAUGGCCGCUCCGGAGUUUUGAGCCGAUAUUCAGAACGAAUAUGUCUGGGGAUGCAGACCCACCACUGAGGAUCCUCUCUCUUGAUGGGGGAGGAAUCCGCGGCAAAUCUAGUCUCUUGAUUCUGGAGACAAUUAUGGAACAGAUCCGCGAAUCUCAAGGUCUCGAUGAAGUUCCCAGACCAUGCGACUGGUUUGAUAUAAUCGGGGGCACCAGCACCGGCGGGAUCAUCGCGGUCAUGCUCGGGAGAUUAGGCAUGACCGUGGAUCAGUGUAUACAAGCAUAUGACAAAGUUGGACGGACUGCUUUCACACCGAAACGGGGAGGACUUUCUUUUGCCCCACCCCAAGGUGCCUAUUCCGCUAAAGCUCUUGAAGGUGCUAUCAAAGAAGUAGUCCGGGAGUAUUGCGUGGAGUCUUCGUGUAUCGACCAACGGAGUCGAGGUCAGUCAACAGUCACGACUUGCCAGCACGGCGACGCAACGUUCCGCGAUCAAUCAUGCACGAAGACUGUUGUUCUAGCCAUAACAAAAGAUAAUGUCGAUGCGCCGCCUACGCUCUUCACUACCUACGACACAACAGCUGCCUUUAAAGACUGUACUAUCUGGGAAAUCGCCCGCGCGACGUCCGCUGCGACAACCUUCUUUAAGCCUAUCAAUCUCGGUCGGGAUAAAAUUGAGUUCAUCGAUGCAGGUUUUGGCUAUAACAAUCCGUGCGAGGUUCUUAUCGACGAGGCACGACGCCAAUAUCCCACACGCCGUCGUCUACAGGUCCUGAGUGUUGGCACCGGUCUUGGGGACGUUGUUACGAUCAAAGAUUCAAGAGUGUCCAUCCUCAAAGCCUUGAAGAACAUGGCAACAACAUCGAAAAAGGUGGCAACAAAUCUCGAUAAUCGCUACGGUGAUAGCGGCUGCUAUUAUCGGUUCAACGUCGAGCGCGGCUUGGAAGAUAUCACACUGGCGGAUUGGCAAAAAACAAGCCAGAUCUCUGCGCAUACGAGCAACUACUUGAUGGAGAACAGAAGGCGAAUCCAGAAAUUUGUGGAUGGUUUUAUUGCCAGACCUAUAAGGCUGGUAGAACCUGUGGCUGAACUUGAUGGGCUGCCCAAGCGUCAGUGAGAGAACCAUUUGAUCGUCCGUCAACUGAUAAUUCAUUCGCUAUAGGGCGUAUCUCGCCACGGCCGUUUCAAGCCAACGGACAGGUGGGACAGGCAGUCGAACUGCUAGAGCACGUUGUAAAGAUCCAGUCGACGACACUGGCAAAAGAUCACCCUGAUCGACUGGCAUGUCAACAGGCGUUGGCAACAACAUAUCAAGCCAACGGACAGGUGGGAAAGGCGAUCGAACUGCUAGAGCAUGUGGUAGAGAUCCGGUUGACGACACUGGCGGAGGAUCACCCUGAUCGACUGGGAUCUCAGCAGGCGUUGGCAAUGGCAUAUCAGGCCAACGGACAGGAGAGAAAGGCAAUCGAACUGCUGGAGCAUGU